AUGCCGGCGCGGCACCGGCGAGGCCACAGCGAGGCCACAGGGGAUGAGCAGGGCGGCGGGCGAGCAGCGGGGCUGCGCGAGGCCGCGGCAGAGCAGGCAGGCGCGGCCGUGGGCCUGCGGGAGGAGCGGAGCAGCAGCGGCGGGACAGGGGGCGGCCGGGGUGAGGCCACGACGGGCGCAGGCCUCGGCGGCCAGAGCGAAGGAGGGGGCCGCGGGGGCGCGGGCCGGCGGCCAGGUGCGGGUGUGCGCGACGGGGCAGAACGGGGCGAGGCCGGGCGGAGCUACGGGAGGAGGUGCGGUGGCGGGGCGGCCAAACGCACGAGCAGGGGCGGAGAGGAGCGCCGGCGGCGGGGCGAGGCCGGCGCGCGGCUGAUGCGGACGGGCAAUAGCGGCGGUGAGCGGGGGAAGCGGGGGAAGCGGAGGAAGGCGGAGCCUCACCGCGGGGCGUAG